AUGGACCUCACUACGACUCUCAAACUGAAGGCGGAACAUGACCCUGUUCACCAUGCGAAGCCUACUCUAAGCUUCUUGGCAGCAUUUGACAAAAUUUGUGAAGGCUUCUGGGAGAGACUGAGGCACAAGCGGACCAUGGCCACAGGCUCACAGGCGCUGAUCUCACCACGAAGAGCACCCUCACAUUUACUCAUCCCCCACCGGAGAUACCAAGGGGGCCCAAGAAAUCGGACCGCUCUGGGCAGUGAACGAGCCCUCCUGUACCCUUGA